UCUAAUCUGAAAUUAAAAGCUACGAUAACAAUUACUCGAAUUUUUUUGCGUCGCUCCGGCCGCGUGUGGCGAAUUAAAACCCGAAAAAUUCAACAGCUUUUUCUUGUUUUUUUUCUGUUUGUACACCUGUACUUAAUUUUUCGUGGUUCUGCUAUUGGGAUUGAAAUAUAGUUAACACACACACACACAGCAAAAGAAACGACAGCCACAACAACAACAACAAGAAAGUGCGUGCGCGUGCAGAAAAAAGAAGAAAUUGUGGGCGAAUCAACAAGCAAAAGAGAAUGAGCGAUGAUGAGGAGAAGAGGCAAAAGCAGAGGCAGUUGUCGUAGCACUAGUACAAAAAAGAAACCGCGAAAACUGCUUGUGAAGUGACAACAACAAUCAUAAUAAUAAUAAUAACAACAACAAUCCGUACCAACCAAAAAAGAAACGUAAAUAAAUAAUAACACAAAAAAUUAACUUCAAAAGUCGUGAAUUCAUCGUACAGUACAUCCACAUAAGCACUGACACAAACACACUCAAUGCAAACACACACGUACAUAGACGCGCUGCACAUGUGUGAGCUUGUCUAGUGGUGUGAGCGAGCGCUCUGUGUUUGCUGCUGUGCGUUAUUUAUUUUAUUUUUCGUUAAUCAUUUUUCGCAUUUAGCGAAUAAGGUGGAAAAGCGACAAUAAAACUACAAUAUAAAUACAACGGAAAAGCAGAGCACACAUCAGAACAGAGAAAGCAGCGCCAAGCAGUUUGCACCACUUGGAAGAGGUUCCGCCCUCCCCCAAUUCCAUAUGCAAAAUGUCUAGUCCCGACGAUAGAAUACCAAUACACGAUCUGCCAUCAGAAGCCGGAAGCGAUGAGCGAUUGCUGCACAUAACGCCGGGCACACUGACAUUGGACUUGAAGCCCCAUCCAGCGGUGGAUAUCGAUCAGCAGAUCAUGGAGCUCAAGAAGAGCCAGGAGCUUCAGAAGCAGCGGCUUUUCCACACUUUUCAGGAGCAAUCGAAACAGAUGGAACUGGAGCACAAACUCCAGCUGGAGCACAAGUAUCAAGAAUUGCGGGAUCAGAGCAUGGUAACCGCCGCCGCCGCCGCUGCUGCAGUGGCCGAAGAGCAGCAUCGCCAUCAGCAACACCAGCAGCAGCAACAACAACAUCAGCAGCAGCAGCAGCAGCAACGCGAGCAGCAGCAACAGCGCGAUCGCAGGGAACGGGAGGUGAUGAAGCGCAAGGAGAACUGCAGCGCCAAUGCCAGUCCCGAGGUCAAACAGAUUCUCAACUGCUUCAUCAUGAGCCGCAAGUCGCAGGCGGCGGCAUCCAAUGGCACAACGACAACUUCCCCCUAUAGGAACCGCGGCGUGGUGAAGAGCUCCUCGGGCGAAUCGCUCCCAGCCGGAACCGUGACCAGUGCGCAUCCGUACAAAAUACCUCAGCCACCCUCCUCACUGCUGAAAUAUGAAUCUGAUUUUCCGCUGAGGAAGACAGCAUCCGAACCGAACCUGCUGAAGAUCCGGCUCAAGCAGAGCGUCAUCGACCGCAAGGCCCGCAUCGGCGGACCGGCGGGUGCGAGGCGCCAUGAGCGCCUCCUCCAAGCGGCGCAGCGCAGGCAGCAGAAGAACUCUGUUCUCACAAACUGCAACAGCACUCCGGACUCGGGACCCAACUCACCGCCCUCGGCCGCUGCCCUCACUGUGGGCGUGGUGGGGAGCCGCGGCUCGCCCACCAGUGCGCCAAUCCAGGAGGAGAAUGAGGAGGGCAGCCAAUACCAGCCGGGCCAGAGGAGCAGCAUCAAUGACCUGCCGCUGUUCAGUUCGCCGUCGCUGCCGAACAUCUCGCUGGGCAGACCGCAUUUACCCAACUCGGCGCAGGCGCACGCCCAGGUUAGUGCCCAGGCGCAGGCGCAGGCCCAGGCCCAGGCUCAGGCGCAGGCCGCCCAGGUCAACUAUGCGAUGUUCGCGGCCCUGCAUCAUGUGGCCGCAACCGGAGGCGGCGGACAGCCGGGCGGCUACUACAGCCCACUAGGUAUGUCGUUCGUAGGCCGACAGCCAGCUCCGCUGGCCAUGAUCCCGGCAACUGGGAUAGCGCCACAGCAACCGUCGCCGGUGGUGCGCAGCGCCUCGGCCACCUCCACGUCCUCGUCACAGGCCUCUCUUGUGGGCGAUGUGGCGCCGCCGCAGGCGCAUGCCGCCUCCACCAUUCUGCCCUCAUCCUCGUCCUACAUUCAGCAGCUGGGCGGCGUGGCCGGAUCGGCGGUUAAUCUCCAUGCCGUGGCUGCAGCGGCGGCUGCGGCGGCUGCUGGCUCACUGCCGCCCACCAAUAGUCACGGUCAUGGCCAUGGCCACGGUCACGCCCAUGGGCACGGACACGGUCAUGCCCAUGCCCAUGCCCACGCUCACGGACAUGGCCAUGCUCUGUACGGAGGCCACCAGCACAAUGUACCCAUCACGGAUGCCCAGGUGGCGCAGGUGCAUCUCCACAAGCAGGGACACCGGCCGCUGGGAAGGACGCAGUCGGCGCCGUUGCCUCUGGGUCAUCCGAUGCUCACGGGCGCCGGGCAGCUGAACUUGGUGCAGACGCACUACGAGAACAGCGAGGCGGAGCGGCAGGCCUACGAGCACCAGGUGCUGAACCAGAAACUUCGCCAGACCGUUCUCACCCGCAGCGGGGCAGCGGCUGCCGCGGCCGCUGCUGCCGGAGUGGGCGUGGUGCGGGAGGCGCAGCUGAAGGAGGAGGACGACGACUCGGCCGCCGAGGUAAUGGACCUUACUGACAAGAAAAAGCCGCCCAAGACGGUGCUGACGAGCACUAUAGCGACCAGCACGUCCCAGAAUCUGCCCGAGGCGUUGGCGGCGGCAGCUGCCGCCUAUCGCACCCCGCCCUCCACGUCCGUCGUGGCCGCCUCAUCCGCCAGCAGCUCCACGAAGACGGGGAUUAAGCUGCGCGACCAGGAAUACCUGCAGCAGCAGAGGGAGCAGCUCCUGCUUCUGCAGCAGGAGGAGGAGCUGGCCAAGGGCCUGUUGCGACCGCUCUCGCGGACGCUCAGUAGUCCGCUGGUGCCGCUGGGGCCGCACGGUCUCAGUCAGAUCCCGGACACUGGCCAGCAGCCGGCGCCAAUAGCCACCUCCUCGUCGGCCGACCACAUACCGCCCGUGAACCUCUCGCUGCCGCAUCGCCAGCACCGACAGCUGAUGAGCACCCUGUAUGCCUCGCAUCUGCGGCAACAUCAACAGCCGCUGGCCAGCGGGUCGCCGCCGCAUAAGGUCACCACGGGCCUGGCCUACGAUCCCCUGAUGAUGAAGCACUCGUGCAUCUGCGGCGACAACGCCCAGCAUCCGGAGCACAGCGGCCGGCUGCAGAGCGUGUGGGCGCGGCUAAUCGAGACGGAUCUGGUGAAGCGUUGCGAUCGCCUGCGCGCCCGCAAGGCCACGCAGGAGGAGCUGCAGACGGUGCACACGGAGGCGCAUGCCAUGCUCUUCGGGUCCAACCAGUGCCAGUUGAGCAGGCCCAAGCUGGAGAACACGCUCUCUGCGAGCUUCGUUCGCCUAUCGUGCGGCGGCUUGGGCGUCGAUCUGGAUACGACGUGGAACGAGAACCACACGGCCACCGCCGCCCGAAUGGCUGCCGGCUGCGUGAUCGAUCUGGCCUUCAAGACGGCCAAGGGGGAUCUACGGAAUGGCUUCGCAGUGGUCCGGCCACCGGGUCAUCAUGCGGAGGCGAACCUGGCCAUGGGCUUCUGCUUCUUCAACUCGAUCGCCAUUGCGGCCAAGUUGCUGCGUCAGCGGAUGCCCGAGAUGCGGCGAAUUCUCAUCGUCGAUUGGGAUGUGCACCAUGGCAAUGGCACACAGCAAGCAUUCUACCAAAGUCCCGACAUUCUAUAUCUUUCCAUACAUCGACACGAUGACGGCAACUUUUUCCCCGGCACAGGCGGACCCACAGAGUGCGGAUCCGGUGCCGGUCUCGGCUUCAACGUGAACAUCUCGUGGUCUGGGGCACUGAAUCCACCCCUGGGCGACGCCGAAUAUAUCGCUGCAUUCCGUACCGUUGUGAUGCCCAUCGCGCGGAGCUUCAAUCCGGACAUUGUGCUGGUCUCCUCCGGCUUCGAUGCGGCCACCGGCCAUCCGGCUCCGCUGGGCGGCUACCACGUUUCGCCGGCCUGCUUUGGUUUUAUGACCCGCGAACUCCUCCAGCUGGCCAGCGGCAAGGUGGUGCUUGCGCUCGAGGGCGGCUAUGAUCUGGCCGCCAUCUGUGAUUCCGCCCAGGAGUGUGUCCGCGCAUUGCUCGGCGAUCCAGCCGCUCCGAUAGCCAAGGCCGAGCUGGAGCGGCCGCCCUGCCAGAAUGCCAUCAACACGCUCCAGAAGACGAUAGCCAUUCAGCAAACGCACUGGCCGUGUGUGCGGAUGCUGGAGCACACGGUGGGUCUGUCCGCUCUGGAAACGCUCAAGGUUGAGCAUGACGAGUCCGAGACGAUCAACGCCAUGGCCGGCCUCUCGAUGCAGUCGAUGCACAGAACCCUGUCACGCGAUGAUUCCGAGGAGCCGAUGGAUCAGGACGAAACCAAAUAGACGGCGAUGGAGGCAGAGGAUGUGGAGACGAGGCAGGCAAAGGGAGGGAGGGAGGGAUGGGGAUAGGGAAUAGCUGCUCAAUGCACAUAUUUAGUUAUAUUUGUUGUAGUUGAAUUGAUUGUUGUUGCUGUUGUUGUUGUGGCGCUCGCUUGCAAAUUUGUUGUCGUUGUCAAUCAUCGUUUAUAGCCAUGCCUCCUCACGCUGGCGCUCGCUCUCGCUCUCUCUCUUGAACCCUAAGAUCCUUUAUUUUAUAAAUAUAUAUUUUGCUGGGAAACAUCGAAGGGGUAAACAAGGAAAACAAGAAGCAGAACAGGGCCUAAAGUUCAAAUUGGUGGCUGUGCCUCCAAAAAAAGAAAUCUUAUAAUAAAAAAGAAUAAUAAUAAUAAUUAGAAAACCAAUAAAGUCUUAAGAGUUUUAUAUGAAUAUAUAAGAUAUAUAUAUAUAUGAUCUAUGAUAUAUGAUUAUUAUAUGUAGAAUAUCUAUGUAUGUUGAGAAUUUAGCUUGUAGAAUUCUUUGAGAUUCGUUUUGUUAAUAUUAUCAUUUUCUUUUUGAAGAGGAUAACCCCCCCCCACACACACAAAGAUCCUGUGUGUUUCUUCUACAGUAUCCCCUCCCCAAAGGAUAUCGCGCCCACACAGAAACAGACAGGGAGACAGCGAGAGCGAGAACUCAAGCGAUAGAGGAUUACAUGUUUUGUAGAACGCUUUAGCUGAUAAACGAAGAAUAUAAGAGAAUACAAGAGGAGAGAAGAACGGGGGGAGAGCUGAGCUGAACAAGUAGCAACAUGAAUAGGACAAGUUCUGACAAGCGGAAACUCAGAAAUCUUUUUUGUACAAUUUAUAGUUUAGUGCAAGUUUCAAGUACAACAUAAUAUUAUUUAAUUAAACCAGUCUAUAUAUAUCUAAAUAUAUAUAUAUUGUGCAAUAAAUGUGAGUGCGGAGCAAAGGCGGAAACGCAAAAAGCCACAAAAUAAGUGAAAGCUAAAAACAUAAACCUAUACCUAAACGUAAACGUAAAAAAACUGAAACUAAAACUAAAACUUAAACACUAAACACAAAAAGCUAAAACGAAUAAGUAAAGAAUUGUUGUUAAAUGUUGCCGAGAUCUUAUAUACGUAUGUAUACCUAAUAAUUGUUACAAUAAUACCCAAUAUUAUAAUAAAUGCACAUAUGUAUGUAUGUGGCCGUAAAUUAA